AUGGUGGAAAAUUCAGCUUCUUCCUUUUUUCAACACUCUGUUGAGCCCCCCUCCUUAAUGAAUGGGGGGAGAGACGGAUUAGUGGAUCUGACACGGGUUCUCAUACAGGAUCAGAAGGGACUGAAGAGCUUUCACCUCCAGAGGAUCAAGAAGCUGCAGGCCCUGCGGAGCCGUCUGAAGAGCCUUCACCUCCAGAGGAUCAAGGAGCUGCAGCCCCUGCGGAGCCGUCUGAAGAGCCUUCACCUCCAGAGGAUCAAGGAGCUGCAGGCCCUGCGGGGCCGUAUACUCCACCUUCGACAUCACCUAGGUUGCCAUAUGAUUUCCCUCGCAUUUCGGCUAUGGACGAAGCUCCAGGUGAAUUUUGGCUGCCCGUUCUUGCCACUGUCCUAUUUCGAUGCAGGGGCAGCAGCGGCCAUCUUCAACGCCCCAUUUCCAGCCAGUUCUGUAAAGGUAUUCCUCGAGGCGUCGGGAGGUCCUAGAGGAUGGCCGACUGCACAGUCUCGUUGGGAAUUGGGACAAAGGCUAGAAGACACUGUGCUCGCCGUGGUUGAAGGUCUGCAAGGACCUUCUUCCCCAUCCCAUGCAGCGAACGUGGUCACCGUCAAGGCGAGAUUCCCAGAUGAUUCCGCAGCGUCAAUCAUCCUCACUGUGGUUGGGGAGAAGACUGGAGAGGGGGACGAAGAAGUUGAGCACUUUGUUUGA